AUACAAAUUCAGUUGCAUUCGAGUCGCGUGAGCGACAAGUUGUCAUUCGGUGUGCCGGGUUUUUAAUGUAUUCGGUUGUAGGUGAAAUAGUGGUGGUUGUUAAUAAUUGUGCCGGUUUUUGGACGUCUCUUGUGAAUCUACAAAUACAAUAGAGUGAUUUAGGGAGCGGCGUUAUACGUAUGUGUGUACAUGUGUCUAUGAAAUUUUCCUGCCGUAUACAAUGACGAGAGUAAUCGUGUUAUAGAAUUAUCUGCGUGCAAAAUAUUAAAGAAAACAAAGAUAAUUGAAAAAAAAAAAAUAUAAUAUAUUGAAAUUUUCAAACAAAAUAAAAGAUGUGUUUAAAAACUUUCGUGUGUUUAUUCGGCUGCUCGACUACUUAGUUACGCACUAAAUUACUCAAUGCUUUUUUGUACAUAAUUUCAAGACUUCAGUUGUUGUUAUUGUUGCGGAACGAAUUUCGCACUACGUGUGCUUAUACAUACCUAUGUACGUAAAUUCGGCGCCUUUUUGCGCCUUUAUUGCCUCUCGCCCAAUCAACGAAUUAUACAACAUUGACGUUUAACAAUUAGAAAGUCGGGAGUGCGACAGCCGGCGCUACAAUCUGUAGAAAUAAUCAGCUUAGAAGUAUCGUUGAUAUAUGUAUGUAUUUUUGUAGUAUCAUACUUUGUUUUAGUAAAAUUUAUUUGCAUUUCAUUUUCUGUUGGCUCUACAUAAAAGUGAUUGGAGAGUGUUAUAUUUACGUAUAAGCAAAAAUAAGAGAGUGCUAGUGUACUUUUACAAAUAUACAAACACACAUACAUAUGUAUGUAUAUUAUCUGUUUCUAUUCACACGUGCUUCCACCUACAAAAAUAACAUAAUUACCUUGGAAGCCGCAUAGUUUUCAUUAAGUUCAAAGUGUUUGACGUGCCUUACAUAUAUACAAAUAUACAAGCGAGCAAUCACUGUUUUAACGUCUAAAACAUCUCAAAAUGGAUAGCACACGUAAGCCGGAAAAAAUAAAUCCACGCCGACAUGCAAAUAUACUGUCACAACUACUUUUCGUUUGGGCUAUACCACUGCUCUUUAAGGGUUCAAAGCGCGGCUUGAAUACAGAUGAUCUCACAAAGUGUAUGCCAAAAGAUUGUUCUGAAGAUUUGGGAGAUAGUUUGGAAGAAAAAUGGUACGCCGAGGUGGAGCGAGCACAUCGUAAAGGACGUAAGCCACUGCUCCGCAAUGCAAUACUUCGUACAUUUUGGAUACCCGCAGUACUCGAUGGCAUCAUAUCACUCAUUUACAUAGUAAUCAAAUCUCUUAUACCCGCAGUGCUGGCGCAGUUAUUAAUGCAGUUCCAAAAGCAAGUGGCACCCGCUUCAAUUCGCAUGUCCGACGUGAAUACAACAGAUGAGCUUGUGAAUGCCACAAAACGUGCUGUGCGUUCCAUUGACUCAGCCAUGAAAAGCAUGUCUCUGUUAUCAUUGGCGGCUGAUGUGGGCGGUGCUGGUGCGGGUGUUGGAGGUGCGUCAUCUAACACUAUUGAUGCCACGGGAAAGCCAAUUAGCGCUACAGAUACAUUCUUGUUCGCUAACGACACCUCUAAUGCGACUGCGCAGCCGGAAUUCGCCAAUUUCGAUGAUCCGAUGUGGGAUGUUUUUAAUAAUGUCUAUUGGUUGGGCACCAUUCUGGUAACUUCGACUUUACUUGGUUGUUUCUUAAUUCAUCACGUCGAUUUGAGGCAGCGUUUGAUGGGCGCACGCAUGCGCAUUGCCUGCUGUUCGUUGAUUUACCGAAAGACCCUGCGCCUCUCAAUGCGCUCUGCUGGCCAAACCCCAGCUGGUUAUCUAAUCAACCUGCUCUCUAAUGAUGUUAAUCGUCUCGAUUAUGGUUUUAUCUACAUGCAUUGGAUCUGGAUAAUGCCGCUGAAUGCCAUGUUGAUAUGCUAUCUCAUUUGGUUACGCAUCGGAUGGGCUGCAGUGGUAGGCGUCGUCGGUCUAUUACUCAAAACGCUACCGGUACAAACUGGUUUCAGUAAAUUGGCAUCAAAGUUGCGUAUGAAAAUCGCCGAACGUACCGAUGCACGCGUUGGCAUCAUGAACGAAUUGGUACAGGGAAUACAGGUGAUUAAAAUGUAUGCUUGGGAAAAACCCUUUCAGGCUGUGGUGGGCGAGGCGCGCCGUCGUGAAGUCAAACAAAUUCGUUAUGCUUCCUAUUUGCGUGGCUUUUACUUGAGCACAAUGGUUUUCACGGAACGCUCCACUCUCUACAUUACCAUCGCGGCAGCUGUGCUUAUGGGAAAUCAAAUUUCAGCUGAUAUUGUUUUCUCCGCCGCUAGUUACUAUAAUAUAUUGCAGCUAGUCGCCGCCAUUUGGUAUCCACUUGCUGUUUCGUUUGGUGCCGAGGCGCUUGUCUCACUAAAACGUGUCGAAUCGUUCCUACUGCAAGAGGGUCAUAAUGAGAAAGCGCGUGGUCUAACGCAUAAGAAGGCAAAUAACAACGGUGAUACCAAUGCCAUUGUGCUCAAGCAAGUGAAUGCAAAUUGGGAUUUAACGAAGCCGCAACACACAUUACAGGAUAUUAGUUUGAAAAUAAAGCGCGGACAGUUGUGUGCUGUUAUCGGACCAGUGGGCGCGGGAAAGAGCUCCCUGCUGCAAUUGCUGCUGGCCGAACUGCCAAUCACCGAUGGCGAAGUUGUGAUGCAUGGUGAACUUUCUUAUGCCGCUCAAGAGCCGUGGCUAUUCACUGGCACCGUACGCAAUAAUAUCUUAUUUGGCGAACCUUACGACCGCAAGCGUUAUCACGAGGUUACGAAAUGCUGUGCACUCUCGACAGAUUUUCAACAGCUGAGCAAUGGCGACAAAACGAUUGUAGGCGAGCGUGGCGCUUCGUUGUCGGGAGGUCAACGUGCGCGCAUCAGCUUGGCGCGUGCUGUCUACAAACCAGCCUCCAUUUAUCUACUUGACGAUCCUCUAAGCGCCGUCGAUGCACACGUCGGUCGCCAUCUCUUCGACGAAGUGAUUGGUCCACACGGUCGCUUGGCUACCGAGAAAGCCACACGCGUACUCAUCACACAUCAGGUACACUUCCUUACCGAAGCCGAUUGGAUUGUGAUUGUUGAAAAUGGUCGCAUAUCACGUCAAGGCACCUACGAAGAAUUGUCCAAUAGUGAUUUGGAUUUCGCAAAAUUACUGGAACGCAUAAAGGAAGAGGAAGAUAACGUGGAGAGUGAAAACGAAUCUGUUGUAUCACAUGAAACAAUAUAUGAGGAUGAAGAGAUACCAUACAUAGAUGGCGUACGCGACGGUUAUCAACCGCUGCGUCGUGCUAGUGCCAAUCACGAUGGCUCACUAACACGUAAAUCGGCAAGCCUGGCGCUUAGUUCAGAACAAGAUCUCUCCGAUGAUUCGGGUUUGGCGGAAGAUCAGGCAAAGGGUGGCGUUUCCGGUCGCGUGUGGUGGGAAUAUUUUCGCGCUGGUAGCGGUGUAUGCGGUUUAAUAUUUAUGACUGCCGUCAUGUUGUUGUCGCAGGUGGUUUGUAGUGGCUCUGAUUAUUUUGUAAACAUUUGGACGCAACAAGAGUAUUUGCGCUCAAUAGAUGAACCGACGAAUUUCACCACCUUCGAGUGUUUAUACAUUUAUGGUGCGCUCAUUAUUGGCGUAGUUGUGAUGACAGUAUUUCGUGGCUAUCUUUUUUUCAAAGUCUGCAUGCAUGCAUCCAAAGUACUGCACGAUCGCAUGUUCGGUAGCAUACUUCGUUCCACGAUGCGGUUUUUCGAUACAAAUCCCUCUGGCCGAAUUUUGAAUCGUUUCUCCAAAGAUAUGGGUGCCAUUGAUGAGUAUCUACCAAAGGCAAUUAUGGAUUUCAUACAAAUUGCAUUGGUUAUGUUUGGCAUAUUAAUUGUGAUUACCGUUAUUAAUCCCAUACUGCUGGUGGCUGUUUUCAUAGUGGCUGUGGUGGAUUACUGGGUAUUACAGUUGUACUUACGGCCAUCGCAGGAUCUGAAACGUUUGGAGGGCAUCUGCCGCAGUCCGGUCUUCUCACAUCUCUCCGCAACACUAUCCGGCAUUGCGACGAUACGUGCACGCGAGCUCCAGGAUAUUGUGAUAAAAGAGUUUGAUUGCCUGCAGGACGUACACAGCGCAGUGUGGCAGUUGACAAUGGCUUCGAAUACGGCGUUGGGCUUGUGGUUGGACUGUGUUAGUUGUUGUUUUCUCGCUUCUGUCACGUUCAGCUUUUCGCUGUUGGAUACUCAAACUUUCAGCGGCAAUGUGGGCCUGGCCAUCUCGCAGGCCAUGAUUCUCACCGGCAUGGUACAGUAUGGCGUACGUCAAGUGGCCGAAUCCUUACAACAGAUGACGAGUGUGGAGCGAGUGCUGCAAUAUACUGAUCUCGAACAAGAAUCUGAAAUAACGAAACAACCACCACCUGCUUGGCCCACACAAGGACAAGUGGAAUUUAAAGAUUUAUCCUUGCGUUAUGAUCCAAAUAAUCCACCCGUGUUGAAACACUUAAACAUCACCAUCGAGCCCAGUUGGAAGGUGGGUGUUGUUGGACGCACAGGCGCUGGUAAAAGUUCACUUAUUGGCGCGCUAUUUCGACUAUCACAUCUCGAAGGUGACAUUCUUGUCGAUGGCAUUGAGACGGGCAGUAUUUCACUGGAAGCAUUACGUUCGAAAAUCUCAAUUAUACCGCAAGAUCCGGUGUUGUUCUCCGCCACCAUACGCUACAAUUUGGAUCCGUUCGAUAAGUAUGGUGAUGCUGACCUCUGGCGUGCGCUAGAAGAUGUUGAACUGAAAGGCGCCAUACCUGGCUUGGAUUACAUGGUCACACAACGCGGCAGUAAUUUCAGUGUUGGUCAACGACAGCUGCUCUGCUUGGCGCGCGCUAUAUUGCGUAAUAAUAAAGUGCUGGUGCUCGAUGAGGCCACUGCCAAUGUGGAUCCACAAACCGAUGCGCUCAUACAGACCACCAUACGCACCAAAUUCAAGCACUGCACCGUGCUAACUGUGGCCCAUCGCCUGCACACCGUCAUGGACUCGGAUCGUAUACUCGUUGUGGAUGAUGGACGUGCACGCGAAUUCGACAUACCGCAUUUGCUGCUGAAGAAACAACAGGGCGCUUUGCGGCAAAUGGUGGACGCGACUGGUGCGGAGGCGGAAUCGCUUAAGAAAAUCGCUACUGAGACUUACAAUAAGAUGCAACGUGCGUGAAAGUAACGAAGUAGAUGUGUGGCGCUAACUGGGAAUGAAUUGAAUGGAAAAAUACCGUAAAAGUCGUUUAGCGAUUGGGAAGGUUGAAACAAUGAACAAUACAAAUAAAACUGCCUUUAUUAAAUAGAGAAUUUCAUAGGGAAUUUUAAGUGUAAAGCGAAAAAAAACAACAAAUGUAAAUUUGAACUCUUCAGGAAGUACACAAAUAUUUGUAUGUACAAAAGUAUAGAAUUUUUGAAAAACUAAAACUAAAAAAAAAAAAAAUAAUUUGAAAUUAGCUCACAGUUCAUUUGUGGUUUGGCUUUCAUGUUUACGUUCACUUUUGAAAGAACUUUAAGCAAACUCAUUUCUGAUACGCUUUGAAAGGCCACAAUUUUUGAACUCUUUAAUAGUUAAUUUUACUAAAGCAAUUUUUUUUGAAAAAAAUUACAAAAGUUGGAACAAAGUUUACCUCAGAAAGUCUUA